GGAGGUGUCGCCGGAAGUGAUGCAAGGCGAAGCCCACGUGUGCGGUACCUCCCACAUGGCGGCUCUACUGAAAAAGCUGCUGAGGCGCGGGAGGCCCUCGGCGGCCUUGGGCUGCCGGGUGGGACUGCGCGAGGCCAGCCUGGGCUCUGAUCCCGCAGCUGCGGUGCGAGUACGGUUCGCCCCUAGCCCCACAGGCUUCUUACAUCUGGGCGGCCUCCGCACGGCCCUGUACAACUAUAUCUUUGCCAAGAAGCACCAAGGGAGCUUCAUCCUGCGGCUGGAGGACACAGAUCAGACCCGCCUUGUGCCUGGGGCAGGGGAAAAUAUUGAAGACAUGCUGGAGUGGGCAGGCAUCCCCCCUGAUGAGAGCCCCCGCCGAGGAGGUCCUGCUGGGCCCUACCAGCAAUCUCAGCGGCUGGAGCUGUAUGCUCAGGCCACGGAAGCACUGCUGAAGACUGGAGCUGCUUACCCCUGUUUCUGCUCCCCACAGAGGCUGGAGCUCCUGAAGAAGGAGGCCCUGCGGAACCGCCAGACGCCCCGGUAUGACAAUCGGUGCCGGAACCUGAGCCAGGAGCAGGUGGCCCAGAAGCUGGCCAAGGACCCCAAGCCUGCCAUCCGCUUCCGCCUAGAGGAGGCAGCCCCAGGCUUCCAGGACCUGGUAUAUGGCUGGACUCGGCAUGAAGUGGCCAGUGUGGAGGGAGACCCAGUCAUCCUGAAGAGCGACGGCUUCCCCACGUACCACCUAGCCUGCGUGGUGGACGAUCAUCACAUGGGCAUCAGUCAUGUGCUGCGGGGCUCUGAGUGGCUCAUCUCCACCUCCAAGCACCUACUCCUCUACCAAGCGCUGGGGUGGCAGCCACCUCACUUUGCCCACCUGCCCCUGCUCCUCAACAGGGAUGGCAGCAAGCUGUCCAAGCGGCAAGGGGACAUUUUCAUGGAGCACUUUGCUGCUGCCGGCUUCCUGCCCGAUGCCCUGCUCGACAUCAUCACCAACUGUGGCUCGGGGUUUGCAGAGAACCAGAUGGGCAGAACCCUGCCCGAGCUGAUAACACAGUUUGACCUGACGCGGGUCACCUGCCACUCAGCCUUGCUGGACCUGGAGAAGCUCCCAGAAUUCAACAGGCUGCACCUCCAGCGGCUGGUGAGCAGUGAGACCCAGAGGCGCCAGCUGGUGAGGAAGCUGCAGGCCCUGGUGGAGGAGGCACUUGGGAACCAGCUGCAAGGCAGGGAUGUCCUCGACCCAGCCUACAUGGAGAGGGUCCUCCUGCUGAGACAGGGCCACAUUUGCCACCUGCAGGAUUUGGUCUCCCCAAUGUACUCCUACCUGUGGACACGCCCUGCCUUGGAUCGAGCACAGCUGAGUGCCAUCUCGGAGAAGGCGGAUGUAAUUGCCAAGCGCACACUGGGGCUUUUAGAAAGAUCCGGUACAAGCUUAACUCGGGAAAUGCUGAGUGGAGAGCUGAAGAAGCUGUCUGAAGGCCUGGAAGGCACCAAGCACAGUAACGUGAUGAAGCUCCUCCGAGUGGCCCUCAGUGGACAGCUGCAAGGACCUCCUGUUGCUGAGAUGAUGGUGUCUUUGGGACCAAAGGAAGUGCGGGAACGAAUCCAGAAGGUGCUUUCCAGCUAGGGAGAGGAUGUGCAGCACGGUGGUCAUGGCCAUAGGAACCCGUACCCUUGGAAACUGCCUUCAGAGGACAGGAGAAGGCUGGAGGCCCAUCAGGAAGUUCGCAGAAGGAACUAAAAGUGGAAACAGAAUCGGACUUCGCACAGUGCAUUUAUGGCUCCAAGACAACCCCAUCCUCGACAGUAGGCCAGGGAAGCCCAACCCAUCUCACCUCCUUGACUCUGGAAGGAAGAGCUUAUGUCUGUUUUUCGACACCACUUUACACAGCAGAGGUUAGGAGUUAGUUCACAGAAAAGUCAACAUCCCAGAACAGUCCAGAGAGCUUGGGUAUUCAUUUGCUAGGGCUGCCAUAACAAAAUCUCGGAGAGCUAGGUGGCUUAAAAACCAGAGAUUUUUUUUUUUUUAAUAUAUAUUUUUUUAUUUUAGCGUAUUAUGGGGGUACAAGUGUUAAGGUUACAUAUA